CGAGUCGCAGAGUUUUACAAGCAAACGACCAAGUGGCUACUAAAACUGCACAAUGAUUGACUUUGAAUUUUCAAAGUUCCACCAGUUGUACUCUUGUACCCCACGUCUUAAAUCGGCCCAUUUGCUGCCAGCCAAUUCUCUUAAGCUCGAUUGAUUUCCUACAAGCAUCCCCAAUUAAAUUGAUAUUAAUUUUUAGAUAUUUUUCCAGCUUUGGAAAUGGAUAGUAAUCUGACUGCAGAUGAAGAUCAUCCCGAUCACGCAAUCCAGAUUUGGGAAGUGAACCAAGAUCGGCUGGCAUUGAUGCAGAAGAAAAUCUCGGCGGCGCCGGGAAUUCUGAGCAAAUCAGCCGGCCGGAGUUCGUGUUGCAUUUUCAGAGUGCCCAAAAGCCUCAACGACAUCAACGGCGAGCACUAUCAACCCCGUAUAGUCUCAAUCGGUCCUUACCAUCAUGGCAACCCCCAACUCGCCAUGAUUGAGGAGCACAAAUGGAGGUUUCUGGGCAUCUUGUCAAAGAGAACAGAGAAUAAAGGGCUGAAAUUGGAGGACUAUUUGAAGGCCGUACAACCCCUCGAAGCAGAGGCCAGAGAGCGUUACGCCGAAGGUUUUCAAUUCAACAAAGACGAAUUCAUCGAGAUGCUUGUUCUUGAUGGUUGUUUCAUAAUCGAAUUGUUCCGGAAGUUUGAAGGCGUUGUUAAAUAUGAACCAGAUGAUCCCCUGUUUUCCAUGUCCUGGGUCUUGUCGUUCCUCCUCCGGGAUCUGAUUCGCCUGGAAAAUCAAAUCCCGUUUUUCAUCCUCCGGCGAUUAUUCGAACUUACCCAGAUGCCCGAUGAGGAAUCCGGGCCUUCUUUAGGCCGAUUGACUCUGAAUUUCUUCAACAACGCCUUGGAAAGACCUGAAGAAAGUUUGGAUCAGUACAGCAACAUUGAUGGAAAACAUAUAUUGGAUUUCCUGCGAUCCAGUUUCAUCCCUCCGGAACACAAGGAGCCAAAACCCGGCAAGUUUUCCAACGUCCAUGUAAUUCAAUGCAUCUCCGACCUCCGGCGGGCCGGAAUCGAUCUCAAGCCCGGAAAACAGGACAGCUUCCUGGCUGUCCAAUUCAGGCACGGAGUGAUUGAGAUGCCGACAAUUGCGCUUGAUGAUUUCAUGAGUUCCUUCUUGUUGAACUGCGUGGCUUAUGAGCAAUGUCAUGGGAGCAGUUCCAAACACAUGACCACCUACGUGACGUUGUUGGAUUGCCUGAUCAACACGGCGAGGGACAUUCAGUUCCUGUGUGAUCGGAAUAUCAUCGAGAAUUAUUUUGGGACGGAUGCCGAAAUCGCGAGGUUUGUCAACAACAUGGGUAAAGAUGUGUCCCUGGAUAAUGAUAUGUGCUAUCUGUCCGGAUUGUUCAAUGAGGUGAAUCAAUACUAUCGCAGCAAUUGGCAUGUCACAUUGGCAAGUUUUAAGAAUACCUACUUUAAAACACCUUGGUCAUUCAUCUCGGCUGUGGCUGCGUUUGUUCUCUUGGUUCUUACUGUUCUUCAGACACUUUACACAAUCCUUAGCUAUGUAAAUCCUAAAUGAAAGAGGUGCAAUACCAUAGACGAGAUUAUAGGUGUACAUAUUUUGUUGAAACUAUUCCUCAAUUGAGCAUUUGUCCCAAUAUUGAUUCAUUUGAUUUUGCUGUUUAAAUUCUUUUGGUAUGACGUUCAGUGUUACUUCUAUGUUCUCGCUUGAUGGAUUGAGUAUUCCAAUUUGCAUCCUUGCCUACCAAUGGGAUUUAAACAAGGUCUGCAAAGACAGACUUACAUGGCAAGAAUCCAAAUUAGUCAAAAGAAUAGUUUCAAACAUCGAC